AUGAAACGGGGGAAAAAAGCGUUGUUUUUCCAGGUGCCGGGAGCCGCCGCCCGCUCCCUUCCUCGGCUGUCUCAGACAGCGCCGAAUCUCCCACACGGGUUGACCCCGUUUCUUUUCGGUAUCGGUCUUCCCCACGCUCUUUUCGAAGGCGCGUUCAGCAUGGCGCCGACUUCGAGUGACGCCGUUCCUCCUGCCUCUGUGUCUCAAGGUUUUACUGCCCCUGUCUCUGAACUUCGUCUGACUCCAGGCCAGCGCGAUGGCCUCGCGUCGCGCGUGCCUGCUAAUUCUCUUUUGUCUGACGCCAGGUCGGCGGUGGCGUACGGCGGAGGACUGUCGCAAAAUGGAGUUUCCUCGGGGGCCGCUGGCGCCGCGCCGCCACCGACUUCGUUGUCAGAGUCGUCCGUGGGAUCUAGCCUCUCCACCCUCUUUCUGAAUCGCUCUCUCUCCGCAUCCUCCGAUUUGCUUGAUGCGUCGUUCGCCGUCGAAGAGGAAGACGACGACCUUCUGCGUAAAAUGCACUCUGCACUCCUCGCUGACGAUGAAGACUCCGCCUCGGCCGCUGCGAACCCCGCGGCCGCAGGGGUCGCGGGCGCCUCUUCCUCUGUGGGACUUCUCCCCGAAGCAGCAGGCCCUGUCGGCGUCUCCUCUUCCCUUCUCUCUCCUGCCUCUCCUCCGUUUUCGGCGGAUCCCCGUGCGCCUCCAUCUCCCGCUUCAGGGGCGCUGUCUCCUGCCCCGGGACCUCUGUCCGCCGCCUGCGGCCGCUCUUCUGCGGACGCCCUCGCAGCCGCGGCCUCCCCAUCGCUUACUUCUUCCGCUCCACCGCGCGAGUCUCUGCGCGAGUCUCCCCUAGACUCUGGAAAGCUCCUCGUUCCAUACAGAGCGGAGGACGCCGCGAAGCCCCGCGAGGCCGCGCAGCGCCGCGUGACCGCGUCCCCCAGUGUCCGUGCGCCUCUCUCCGGCGGGUUUCCGCCGGUCGCCUCGCGUCUUCUCGGGGCGCCGCCGCCGGCAGAUCCGUCCGCAGCGAGUGCGCGUGCGGGAGGCGGAGGAGCUGCGGCGCUUGUUCUCGGCCGCGUCGACUUUGCGACUGCGGCGCCGGCGUCUGCGCCGCAGAAAGAAGCCGAGCGCCCAGAAAACAUCGUGGGCAUGGGCCUCGCGGCCUUGCACAAGGCGCUGGCGAAGAAGGCCAAAGAAGCUGCGGCGAAGGCCCGCGAGGAAGGCGGUGCAAGCGCGGGUGCGUCGCUGACGCGUGAAGAGGAGGAACUCUACAAGCUCGGCUCGGUGCGCUUCUUGGGCACGGACGUGUCCAGCGACGACGGCGGAGAGGCCUCGGGCGAGGAGAAGAAGGCGGAGAAGGCGUCUGGGAGGGGAGACUACCAGACAGCCUCUCAAGGUGAGCCUGUCUCCCAAGAGGAGAGAGCCGAAGGGAAACCCCCAGGGGAAGACAGUGCGCAAGCGCGUGGGGACGCGAACGGAGAGGCGGCCUCUCAAGACCGAAACGCGCCCGCGCCGGGCGCCGUUCCCGGUCUCGUCCCUGAGGAAGCCAAGGAGACCGAAAGCGGAGAUGCCUCGACUGCAGCGGCGGAGGCGUUGAUCUCAGGCGAAGCGGAAGCUGUCAGCGACGAGGGCGCCGAGCCCGCGACCUCGCCUGCGUCGCCCAACUCUGCUUCCGUUGUGUCUCCUAACGACUCUGCGCCAGGGCACCCGCAGAGCGCGCAAGAAAGCGAGCGCCAGCUGCCUGCGUCGCCCGCGUCUCCGCGUGCGCCCGCGCCACAGUCGCCCUUCUCCCCAGGCGCGUCUCCGCCGGCGAAAAGCGAGCCAGCGGCGGGCUUCAGCGACGUUUUAUUCGUCUCUGAUCCGCAGAUUUACCAGCUGCUGCGGGCGCUCGACGAGACGGGUGCGCGGGUCGAGGAGGAGCUGCGGACGGAGGCGCGCGACUUCGCCGAAGUCUCCGCGGCGCUGCUUCGAGAGUUGGACUUCCAGGCUCAAGCGACUGUCUCCCCGCCCGCGUCGCCCCGCAGAGGGGGGCGACUCGGCGCCGCAGCAGGCGGGAAUGCAGUGGAGGAGGGCGCGUGGAGCGGCGAGGAGAAAUGGGUGCUCGAGAAACACUCUGAGAAGGAGACAGAAGAUGAGAGCGAAGCGGUGAUACGGGAGAAGAAAGAGAAGGGCAAGGGCUCUUCUUCUCUUGCUUGCUUCGCCCCCCGCCAGGCGCCGAAGGAGGAGACUGCGUACGUCUGCGGGAUGCGCCGCGCGCCCUUCCUCCCCCUUCGUGCGCUUCGCCGCGGCAAACAGAAGAGCAGGGGGGACGCCUCGCGCACCGUCGCGUCGUCGCCUUCUCUCACGCGGAGGCGGCGGCUCGAAGAGAAGAUCCGCGCGAUUCGCGAGACGCUGCGGGCAGCUGUCGGGGCGACGGAGGAAGACAUUGGUUUACUCGAGAAGGAGUUCCAGAAUGUUGCAGAGAGUGACAUUUCUUCUUCUCCUGCGCUCCUGCCGUGGCUUUCGUUUCCCACGGGAGGGAUGCACUCGCUCUCGCUGCCGCCGGAGGCCGCGUCGCCGCCCUCGGCGAAAGACGACUUCCUCCUCUCCUCUGCGCUCCUCGGGUCUGCAGACCCGCGGGGCGUCUUCCCGCUCCCACCCGGCGAGCACGCGUGGCUGCCGCCGCCGGCCGCGGCCGCUUCGCUCCUCGGCAGCGCCCGCCUCGUCUCGGGAGUCUCUGAAAGCGUCGUCUCGUCUCUGCCCUCGUCGCCGGUCGCCGCGGGCGCGGGCGCGGGCGCAGGCGGUGGCGCCGCGCCUGCUCCAGAUGACGACCCCGCGAACUCAGAGAGUUGCCUGCAGAGAGAGCACCGGGAGCGGGGGACGGGUCGCUCCCCGCCAGGGGGGGGGAAGGGGGAGGGGCGGCGAGGUGGCGAGGAGGGCACGGAGACGGGGAACGACGACCGAGACCCCGAGGGCGACGGCGAGCGGAGCAGCGCCAGCCUCGGUCGCGAAGACUCGGUUGCCUUCUCGCUGCCUUCCUCCUCGUUUUCUUCGUUCGGUCUGGACCUCCUCCCGCUGUCGCCGUCGGCGAAGGAGCGCGCAGGGCGCGAGCGGCGCGCCGCCUCGCUCGACGAGUCCGCAGCGGGAGCCGCGGACUCGUCGCCCUCGCUCGCCCCCGGGGAGCCCGAGGGGGGCGAGGAGGCGCUUGCAGGACUGCUGCCUGCAGCGACAGACGCAUCGGCCGCCUGCGGUGGACUCUCCAGUGAAGACGGGCACGGCGCAGCCGCGCUCCUCCGGUCGCCGAGCGUGGCGAGUCGGUCUGAGGACGCGCCGCCGCCGGCGAGCUGCCGCGCGAGUCGGCCGGGGGCCGGGGCCGCAGGCGCGGGCGUCUCCGCGUUGGCGGCUUCGUUCGGUUCGUUGUCCAGCGGGACUUUCGACUUUUUGUCGCGGGGGGGCAGCCUGCCUGGCGAAUCUUUGGACGACCUGGUGGUCGCAGGGCCGGGGCUGGGGGGGGCGAGCGAGAGGGCAGGCAAGGGCGAGAAGGACGGGGACGUCUUUCUGGCGAGCGCAUGCAGCUCGGGGCGCUACGGCGCCCUGAGUAAGGCCAAGGGCUUGCCUGGUGGGGCGGGUGCGCGGACGACCGGCGGCGGGAAGAAGCGCGGCGGCCGCGCCGCGACCGCGAAGGGCGGCGGGGCCGAGUGCACCGAGGCGGAGAGGGCGGCUAAGCAGCAGCGGCUGCCCCUCGAGCUCUUUUGGCUCGCCACGAAGCACGCCCACGAAGACGCGUGUCUCCGCGCGGCUUCGUCCUUCUGGGAGAAGAAACGCAGGCUGGAGGAGUGCGAGUCGGGAGGUCGUCGAGAUGCGACGCAGGAUCUCGAGGAGGGUCGCCAGCAGUGUCUCGCGCAGCCACGAGACGCGGCGCUUCUCGUCUCGCCUGUCUCCUCGCCCGCCUCGCUGCCGCCCCUCCCGGCCCUGUUUCUCGCCUCCCGGCAACUCCAGCCGGCGGUCGGUCCCGACGGGCUCCGCCGAGGCCCCUGGCUGUCGCACGACGAGGAUGUCUCGGCCGCGAUCCGCGCGACGAAUCGCCGCCGCGCGGUGACGUCGCUGCUGCAUUUCCUUCAGGAAAUCGCGCAAGUCGCCGUCGUCCAGGUCCGCGAGCCCAUUGGCCGCGCGGCCGACGUGCCCAACGCCCUCGCCUCCGCGGUCGCCGCCGCGACCGCGGUCGCGGCGAGUGUGGGGACAGCCUCGUCGCCGCGGGGCGACGGCGGCAAGAAGGGCGCGGUCUCUUUCGCGGGCGAGGAAGACGCCGGGCUGGGGGCGUCGGGGGGCGAAGCUGGCGGUGAAGAGGACGACAAAACCGAGAGCGUGGCGGCGGACGAAGAGAGGCACUUCCGGUCGCAUGCGGCGCACGUCACGGACGGGGCUUGCGCCGCUUCGAGAAGCCUGCGGGCCGGCUCACUGCUCGCCCCCGGCGCCUGCGCUGUCGCGGGCGGCGAGAAAGACAUUUUCAACUCUCUUUUUCCGGCGGCGCCUUGCGCGUCAGCCUCCUUCUCGCCCUUCGGGGCGCUCCCGCAGAGCCCCGCGAUCUGGUUCGACCCGCCGGUCCCCGCGACCGUCUCGGGGGGCGAGGCGGCGAGCGGGGCGUCGGCGGGCUGGUUGGGCUCCAACUCGUCCGCGGGCGCGUGCGCCUGGGCGGCGGCGCUCGACCGGGACUCUGCAGCCGGUGCUGGCGCGGGCGUCGCCAAGUUCACCGGGUCGGGGGCCCGGGCCGCAGGGGCGGUGCUGCUGGGCUCCGACGAGGAGGAAGGCGGGCGCUCAGAGGAGGAGCGACGCUGGGCUUCGCUGCCGGGCUUCGGCGGAGGCAGUGCGGAGCGCGUCGUGCUCUGUGUGAGGCGGGACUGCGUGCCGAACGAGUGGCUCCGAGAGAUGCCGUUUGAGUGCAGACUCAAACUCGACGUCGAAGACAGCGACCCAGACGAGGACGACGAAGAGGGCGAAAUGGCCCUGCGCCGCUGCGCCGCGUCGGAGGUUCGCGGAGCGGAGCUGGGCGACGCCGCGAGCGAGGACGCAGAGAGAAAGACCGAGAUGGACAGCGCGCCAGUUAGAGGCAAAUCUGAAGAGACAGCGACUGCCUCUUCGCCUCCUCUGCUCGCUGCGCACGCGGCGGAGUCCCCCGCCUCGGCGGAGGACGAGCCGCGCGGGCAGGAGGGCCUCUCGGCGGCGGGGGCCCCGGGCGCGCCUUCUCUGGCGGGUCAGGCGCCUCGGAAGCACUUCCUCACAUCUGCCUACCUCGCGCGCUGCAAGGCGCCGUUUUUGCGCCCUCUCGACGCGACCGCCGCGCCUGUCGCGUCUGCGAUCCAGCCGCAGUGCGACAUCCCGCGAUGCUCGUGUUGCGGCGCGUCUCCGCCAUCUCUCUGCGACGGCGGGGUGGAGGCGAGUGACGCGAGCGGGCGAGCGCAGGGGGCGGCGAGGGGCGCCGGCGAGGAGCAGAAACGCCGGCGGAAGGGCGGCACGGACGCAGAGGCCGUUUUCCUCAUGGAGGAUGCACUCGAUCUGCUCAAAACGACUCGAAAAGACCAACAAGACGCUCUGCUGCGGUUCCAGAAACAAGCCGCUGAGCUGUAUGAGAGGUGCCUCGCCGAAGGCGACGUGUCGCCGCGGCAGCUCUUUCUCGAAACCGCUGCGGCACGCGAGACCGACGCCGAGAGGGGCUCCAGCCCCCCGGGCCCGGACGCCCACCUCUCGCCCCGCAGGGCCUCGUUCGCGGCUUCCUUUCGGCAGUGGCUUGCCUCGCUCGGGGCGCUUGGGCUCUCCGUGGCGGACGUGGUUCACGCGGUCACCGCCGCAGAGCGCGAGCAGCGCUGGGAGAGAGUCCCGCGGCGUCGGCUGUUCCUGUCAGUCGACAGUCUCGUUCGCGACCGAAGCAAAGAAGAAUUCGUGGAGAUCGCCUUCUUCCUGCCGCACAAACCCAGCACUGUGGAGCCCUGGCAGACUGCAUUCGAGCUCGCCGGCACAGACCUCGCGGCCUUCGGCGCGAGCGACCCAGACGAGACGGACGGCGAAACCCCUGCAGAGGCGCCCGCCUCCGCUCUCGCGGUGGGGAACGAGAGCUGCCUCACGCCGUCGGCUGCGAAACGCGCCGCGGAGAAUGAGAAGAAAAAGGACGAAGAGAAGGGCGCGCAGCCGAAGCCUGAGACUCCGGUCGCUGCCCGCGCCGGUCGCAGCGGGCGCGGCGGGCGAGGGCGCGGCGGCCGCCUGACUGGCAAGCGGAAGGAACGCGAGGAGGACGAGCGCGAAGACGACAAAGAAGAAGAGAGGGCCGUAAGGCCCGCGACCGCUGACCGCGGCGCCCUUCUUCUUCCCUGCGUGGAUCGAGGGGCGGAGGAGGACGAGGAGGAUAGGGGGCAGAAGGCGGGGGGGGAAUCGAGUGCGGCGGCAGACGCAGACGCGUCGCCGCAGCGGCCGCUGGGGCCGAGUCUCAGCGGGCGGAGACCCGCGGAGCCGGCGAGCGUGCGGCGCGUGUGGCGGGCGGUCGCGACGCGGAAGGCGCAGCUGCACGGGAUGCUGCGGCAGCAGCGGCGGCUGUGCAGCUCACUGCACAGGCUCUGGCGGAAGAAGCGACUGGCGGCAGAGCGCGCAGUCAUCCGCGGCGGAGACAUCUUCAGCUGGGGCAUUCUUCCCGUGCGCGCGCUACACCAUCCAGACCAACUCGUGUCGCUCCCCGCGGGCUUCCGCACAGGCAACCGCAACGCGCCUUACCAGCGCGGCUGCCAGCAGGCGGAUGGCGCCGGCGCGCUUGGCGACGCCGAGGACGGCGGCCUCAAGGGCGGGAGGGGCGAGGGCGCGGCGGGCGCAGGCGCGGGCGCAGGCGCAGGCGCGGGCGCCUGUUCGGGCGCGGGCGGCGGGGGGCGGCGCGGCGCGCGCAGCGGCGCGGGCGCGCAGCAGGACGCGGCGUCGGCGCCCGCGGUCUCGGCGUCGUCCGCGGGGGGGGGGGGGAGCAGCGGUGGGACGGAUCGGCAGCGGGCGAAGGAGGAGGCGGCGAACCGCGAGUCGAAGCGCGAGUGGAUGCAGGCGAACUACGCGAAUCUGACGGGUCCGGGGGUGUUUUGGCGGGACUCGUGCCUCUUCUCGCUGGGACAGGGCCUGCGGCAGCGCCUGGAGCGUCGCGCGGAGCAGCAAGGCGGCGUGGGCAUCUGGCCGCUGGACUUGCUGGAGCGGGAUCUCGACCGGGCGAUUUUUGACGCUGAGCGCGCAGUGUCGUUCCAUGAUCGCUGCACGCUGCUUGACGACGUCGCGCGCGUGGAGUUCGAGAAGAAGACCUCCACGGUGUGGGCUGAGGCGGAGGCGCGGACGUUCGUCGAGAAGUUCCUCAUGUACCCCAAGAACUUUGAGAAGAUCGCGUCGUACCUCGACGGGAAGAGUACCAAAGACUGCGUGGACUUUUACUACCGCUUCAAGUAUCAGUUCGGCCUCAAGCGCCGCCUCCAAGAACUCGAAGACAACGCGCGAAGCAAGAAGAAAAACAAGCUCCUCGGCUCCAAGCAGCUCCGUCGAGAAGAACUCGUCGCCGAGGCCAUGACGCACCUCGAGGCCGAGUGCUGCACUCCGCCCAUGCGCCGCUUCAACCGGCAGAACUUCCUGCCCUUUGACGUCUUCAGCGGCCAUCUGCUCCAUCAGCGCUCAGUCUGGAACGUCCUCAAAGACCCCAUCGGCACGCGGCCCGCCGACGAGACGUUCGACUCCGACCUCGAAGUCGACUGCGACGGCCGCCCUGCCCAAGAACUGCUCCUCGAAAACCUCCGCGAGGGGUACUUCUUCCCCUCCACGUAUGCGGGAUUCGUGCCCCCCGGCCGCGUCGCCAACGUCCCCGCGUGGUUCGCCGCCGCCCCCUCGCCUCCCACCCCGCCGCGGGUCAAAGGCACCACGGGCUUCCCGCCCCGGUCCGCGCGCGCGGUCGGCGCCUUGCCCAACCCAGGGCAGGCCGUUCCCCUCGCCGCGGUUCCCGGAUGCUUCUUCAUCGAACGCCCCAGAAAACCCACGAGCCCCGCGACCGGUGGAGACAGGGCGGUGGCGGGCUCGUCGCGCGCCGCGGGCGCGCUCGCGCCCUCGCUGGCCUUCUCGUAUCGCCAGCUAAACACGCUGCUCACGUGUUUGCAGGCCGCAGGACAGCGGAGUCGCGGCGGGGACGAAGAUGGGCCUUCGUACAUGACUCGGUCGCGCUCGGGGCGGAACAACGCCGCGGCGAAGCCGGGCGGCGCGGGGGCGGGCGGCGGGAAACCUGCGGCCUCCUCCGCCGCAAACGGGCCGCUCGCCGCCGGCGGGGGCGCCGCGGCCGCGGGCCAAGGCGCCGGCGCCGGAGACCGGGCCGGCGGCUGUCAGAGCCCCCGCGCCCGCGCCCUCGACGCGCUGCUCUUGCGGCUGCGGGGGGUCCUCCGCGGCAAGCAAACGGGCCUUUGGAGUCUGCAGCGCCGCAGACAGUUUGCCGGCGCGGCGGCCGCAGCGGCCAAGAGCGCGGCGGCGCUGGGCACCGGGGCAGGCGACCGCGGCGCAGCUCGCAAGGCGCGCGGCGGCGGCCCAGAAAAAGCCGACCUGCCGACGCCGCCGGAGCUCGCGGUCGAGGGCGGCAGCAGCCAGAGCGGCGACGGGGCUGCCGGCGAAGUGAAGAGCGCAGAAGCCGCGCGGAGUCAGGGCCUGCCGCAGGCGGCAGGCGCGACGCACGAAGGCAGUGGCGGGGCGCCGCCGCCGCUCACUGGAGAGAAGCGACCCUGCGGCGAAGACCUGUGCGACCCGCUCGAGCGCGGAGGCCUGAAGCGGCCCAAGACCGAGGAGAGCAGCGCACUGAGCCGCGAGGGCAGCGAGGCCGGCGAGGAGGGAGGCAGAAGGGCCCUGGAGGGUGGCGCAGCGCCGCCCAACCCCGGCGCCCGGGCGCGAGCGGCGGCGGCCCAGUCGCCUAGUCUCUCCACCGCGCCGGUUCGUGGCGUGGGCGACAGCGAGGGCGACGGCCGCCUCGCGCUGUCAGCGCGCGUGCAGCACGCGAGCGGGGCGGUGGAGGACGGUGAAGGCCGAAAGGAGGCGGCGGGUGCCCUCGCGCAGAAAGAGGAGAAGAAAGACGCGCGGGCCUCGCCGCAGCUGGUGGCGGCCUCGCCGGCGCCAGGGAGCCCGUCUCCUCUUCUGCCGCUGCAGCUGACGGCGAAGCAGAAGGAGGCACUUCUGUCUCUGCUCGACCCCCGGCUGGCGUCCGCGGGGACUGUCUCCGCCGGGGGGAGCGCGACGCCCGCGACCUCUCCCCUGCUUCCCCGGCUGGCGGGCGGCGGCGACGCGUCUCGCACGUCGUCUCCGCUGCUGCCAUCUUCUGCGGCGCUCUCGCUGGCCUCCGCGGCCGCGUCGCCGCAGUUCCUCUCUUCUCUCCUCGCCUCCUCGGGGCUGCCUCCCUUUUUCUCGCUCGCGGCGUCGUCGGGUGUGGCAGUGGCGAGCGAGUCGCAGAACGGGGUAGGGGCUUCUCAGAGGGCGAACCCGAAGGCUGGCUUGGGCUCGCCGAGUCUCUUGGAGGCGCUCGCGGCCUCACUUUCGAAAGCGGCGAACGCCAACCUCUCACCUGUAUCGUCGUCUUCGCUCCCCGCCUCCACUUCGUCCUCCACUGCGGGGGUCGCGACCGCCGCCGCCUCGUCGUCGUCGUCGGCGUCUGCGUCGCUGCUUCCUCCCCUGGGUUCUGCGGCGGGGUCCAGUCCCUCACUCUCCCUCCUCGCGUCGCUGGCGUCUUCGCCGGCCGCCUCGUCACCUCUCUUCCCUGCGCGCGUGUCUCUCCUCUCCGCUCCUUCGGCAGAGGCCGAAGGAGCGGCCUCGCAGAGGGCCUCUGCGGCGUCUUCGCGCCCCUCGCCCGCGGUCGCUGCGGCGUCCUCCGUGCCUGCGUCGCUGUCUUUCCUCAGCAAACUGCUCCCGCCCUCCGCUUCGCCGUCGCCCUCAGCCUCGCCAUCUAUCCCCAGUGGAGCGUCUCCUAAGGAAGAUUCGCCGCGUCCUUCUUCGCCGUUCAUCUCGUCCUCUGCGUCUUCAGCGUCGUCGGCAUCGCUGGCUGCUUCCUCGCUCGCGUCGCCGUCGCCCGCCUCCGCGGGUGCGAACACCGCCGCAUCUCCGCACGCGCCGGCAGCGGCAGGGACUGCCCCGGCGAAGAAGCUGCCGCUGGGCAUCGGCUCGCAGGCGGACGUGCUGCGUAGCCUGGCGGCGCUGGCGGCGUCUGCGGGCCUCUCGCGCGAAAACCGCGCGCCGAUAGACUUGGCGCUCGCGCGCCUCGCUGCGCUGCAGGCGAGCGAGAAGGCGCGCGAAGAAGACGCGAGUGCCCCCCGAGUGACUUCUGCUCUGGGCACGCACGCGAGCCUCGCCAGCUCUCCAGUUAGCGCCACCAAAGCGUCUCCGCCCUCCACGCGACCUGCCGGCGGCGCGACGAAUGGCGCCGCAGCGGCUGCGAGCCCCGCCAUCGAGAGCUCCGCUGCCACAGGCGCAGCUGCGCAGACGCGGGGAGCCUCGCCGUCUCCGGCCUUCCCUGCCCCCGGCGCCUUCCCGUCGUCGGCACUGGGACUCCUGGUGCAAGCUGCGGCGGCGGCGGCGAAGGCGGCGGUUCAGACGCAGCAAGGCGCGGCGCCGAAGCGCGGGCCGCUGCCCAUGCAGCAGGUGCCCACCGGGGCCUCCUCCGUGCCGCAGUCGCCUGCGCUGCUGCCUGCAGCGCGGCCGCUGGCUGCCUCUGCGAGCGACCGCGGACUGCCGGCCUUCACCUCGCCGCCGUCCGCCCUCGGCCCCGCCGCGGGCUCCAGCCUCGUGCAGCAGCAGGCCCGCGCGCCGGGGGGCGGAGCGGUGUCGCUGCGCGCGAGCUCCUCGCCAGUCCUCGCGCCCCUUCCAGGCGUCUUCUCGCUCGGCGGCCUGCGGCGGGGCGAGGCGCCGAAGGAGUCCGAGCCCGCCCCGAAGACUGCGGAGGACAAGGCGGAACCCGCGUCCUCGACGUCGUCUUCGCCGCUGCUGUCCCCUGCCCUGAAGGCCGCGCUGCCGCCGCGCUCCCUCGAGCAUCUGCUCGCCCCCGCCUGCUUGCUCGGCAUGUCGGCCUCCGCCGCCUCCGCGGCGACCUCGCGCCUGCCCGCGACCCCGGCGGCGCCCGGCGGGCUCGCUGGUGCGCAGCAGACUUGGCCCUCGGCCUCGGCGCCUUCGGCUCCGCCGCCCUCGCCGGCGACCGUCGCGGUCGCGCCCGCGUCUCCGGCGGCGCUGGGGGGCGUGUCGCCGCUGUCCCUUCCCGUGGCCUCCGCAUCGCUUUCGUCCCGCGUGGGGCCCGCGCCCUCGCCGCCUCCUGCGGCACCGACUGUCAGACCGCAGGUGCUGCUAGCCGCGUGCGCAGCCGCGGCCGCGGGGAAGCUCUCGCCGGCGCUCUCCGCCUCGCAAGCUCCGGGCAGGGCAGGUGCUUCGCUGCCUGCUCUGCCGCUUCUUCAGGGGACUUCAAGCCCCGCAGCCGCGCCCUCUGGCGCCGAGGGCGGCGCGUCCUCGCCGGUCGUCUCGACGGGCGCGGCGGGCAGGGUCGCCGUGCCUGCGCCUCUGGCACUCUCUUCUUCGCUGCAGCCCGCGGGGCCUGUCGCCAGUCCUGCCGAGAGCUUGAGCAGGCCUGCGAAAAAGACGGAGUCAGCGCCCGACAGCAGCGUCGGCGUCCUCAACGACACAGCAGGCGACGCGCGCGCGACUGCGAGCGGCGAUGUGCCCGCCGUCGUCAUCCAGCGCUCCACAGAUCAGGCCACACCUGUCACCCCCAUUGGCCUCGCGGCCGUGGAGACGAAUGUCUCAGCGGUGCAAGCAACGGGAGAGACGGGUGACUUCUCGCAGAAGCCUGAGCCCUGCGGGGCGGGUGGCGGCGUGGAAGCGAGCGGACUCGCGUUCUUCUCGCCUCCACUCGCGGCGUCUGUCGCCCUCGGGCCUCAGAAGGCGACGCAGGGCUCUUGCGAAGGCCUUCCUGCGCAGGAUUCACUUUCGCUCGCCUGCGGAGGGCGAGCAGAAGAGGGGCGAGGCCGCGCGGAGGAAGGAGUCCUGCCUGCGAACGAAAGCCGCGGCCCAGACACGCGAGAUCCCCGCGUCGAGGCUGCAGAGCAGCCAGGAGGAGCCGAGCCCGACGCGUCUUUCUUGCCGCUUUCUCAGGUUCGAAUUUCCGCGCAUGCCGCCGCAGAGGGCGUCGACGCCAAGCCUUCUGCUGUCGUGAGCACCUCCGCAUCGCCCGCGGACGCCUCGAGCCUUGCCGCCGCUUCCGCGUCUCUUCUGCCUGCACUUUCCGCGGAGGCCUCUUUUCCCGCGGACUCGCUGGCUGCGCCAGAUGGAGGCGCACAACGAGCUGCCGGAGACCUCGCCGGCGAGCCCGAGGAGAGAGUCUCUCCUUUGGGGGCGGAGGAGCCGGUCGCGUGUGCAGAGGGGCCUCCACGGGAGAGAGCGGAAAACGGCCCACAGGCGGAAAGCCGACUCGAGCGCGGCUUCAAGCAUCGUCCAGCAGGGCUCGCACCGUCUGCGCCUGUCGCGCUAGCGAGCGGCGCGUCGCUCGAGGGAGGGGAUGGGGGCGUCUCUGGCGUCUCGGCUGAGCAGCCGGUGCUGUCUCCUCUCGGCGGCGUCCUCCAGGGCCUUCCGGAGGCGGCGGCGCGUGCGGCGGUGCUCUUCCGCGCGGCAUCAUCCCCGGCCUCCUCGGGCGCCGGCGGAGUCGAGCUGGGAGAGACAGCAGAAGCACCGUCCAGCGCGGCGGCGGCUGCAGCACGGGCGAGCGGUCACGAAAUCGGUCACCUCAAAACGCAGCUAGCUCUGGGGGGCGAGGCAGGAGGACGCGUUUUGGCAAGCGAGGCCUCGCUUCUCGUUGCGGGCGGCGCAGAAGUGGGCCCGCUGCCGGCCUGUCUCUCGCCUGAGGCCCUGCCUGAGGCGGCUGCGCAGAAAGAAGAAGCGCGCGCGGGCGGUGAAACAUCAGGUCCAGACGCGCAAGUUGACCAGGAGGGUAUCCGAGAGGUGGCGAGGGAGGAGGUCCACCCGGGAGCCGAGAGCGAGGCUGCGACGGCUUUUGGCUGGACAGCCGAGGGGCUCACGGGGCAGGCCGGGACGCGCGACGAGACCGCCGCAGGCGUGGAGGGAAUGGACGCGGAGGCUGAGGGAGAAGAGGCCUCGCUUGGUGCGGCAGAAUCGCAUUUAGAUGCCGCUGCUGCGGAGCUCCCCGCUGAGUCUGCUGCGGAGCUCCCCGCUGAGUCUGCUGCGGAGCUCCCCGCUGAGUCUGCUGCGGAGCUCCCCGCUGAGUCUGCUGCGGAGCUCCCCGCUGAGUCUGCUGCGGAGCUCCCCGCUGAGUCUGCUGCGGAGCUCCCCGCUGAGUCUGCUGUGCCGCAGGGACAGCAGUCUGCGGCCGAGGAGGCGCAGUGA